GUUGUUAUUGUCGUGGGAAACUUGCUCAUAAUUAUACUUUUUGCACGGCUUAACAAGAAGCUACGAUCUAAAAGUUUAUAUCUUGUUUUGAAUAUGGCAUUUGCUGAUCUGUUUCUGGGAGGUGUAUGUCUCCCUAUGUAUGUUUAUUUCCUGGCUCAUGGUCAGGUUAAAGUUGAUGAAAAAACUCCAACGUUUUUUACAAUAAUUUUCUUCGUCUUCGCACAGGCAUCAUUCAUUACCGCUGCUUUGAUAUCUUGUGAGAGAUUUUACGCCAUCUAUUGGCCGCUGAAGCACCGGCAGACACUUUCUACGCGAACAUACAGGCUCGUUAUUUUGACAGUGUGGACAUUAAGUAUCCUUGGGUCUCUUUUUAUAGUUUUUCUCCUGCAAUUCGUAAGCCUGGUGGCUCUCAAUUCUUUAGUGUGUUUAAUCUUCGUGUCUGUACUUCUAAUCAUCAGCGGCCUGAAUUUUGGUCUUUGGAGAAAGAUUCAGAAACAACCUGUUCCUCAUCACCAAAACAGAGCCUNUUCUGUCAGUUGGCCAGUUAUGUAAAUUAUCCAUUUUGUCUUUUUUUUUUUUUUACAUUUAUUCAAAGUCAUUUGUGGAAAAAUAACCAUCAUCACCGAACCUCGUUGGUCGCUACAAGUCUGUUUCUCAUGCAACAUUAAAUAAAGAGUUUCCAUUGACCAAGAGAUGACAAAUCAGACAAAUAAAUCAACCAUCACUCACCCGGACGAUAAGUCCUUUUCUUCGGCACAAGUCAUCGCUUGGAGUUGUACUCUUGCGACUGAAGCUGUUGUUAUUGUCGUGGGAAACUUGCUCAUAAUUAUACUUUUUGCACGGCUUAACAAGAAGCUACGAUCUAAAAGUUUAUAUCUUGUUUUGAAUAUGGCAUUUGCUGAUCUGUUUCUGGGAGGUGUAUGUCUCCCUAUGUAUGUUUAUUUCCUGGCUCAUGGUCAGGUUAAAGUUGAUGAAAAAACUCCAACGUUUUUUACAAUAAUUUUCUUCGUCUUCGCACAGGCAUCAUUCAUUACCGCUGCUUUGAUAUCUUGUGAGAGAUUUUACGCCAUCUAUUGGCCGCUGAAGCACCGGCAGACACUUUCUACGCGAACAUACAGGCUCGUUAUUUUGACAGUGUGGACAUUAAGUAUCCUUGGGUCUCUUUUUAUAGUUUUUCUCCUGCAAUUCGUAAGCCUGGUGGCUCUCAAUUCUUUAGUGUGUUUAAUCUUCGUGUCUGUACUUCUAAUCAUCAGCGGCCUGAAUUUUGGUCUUUGGAGAAAGAUUCAGAAACAACCUGUUCCUCAUCACCAAAACAGAGCCUUACAAAGGCGACGCUUAACAAAGACCUUGUUAUUAGUAUCUCUCAUCGCCUUGGGUUCUUGGCUUCCACCUUUUAUUUAUUCCUUGAUAUCCCUUCUUGGAUAUAGGAUGUCUAACAACAUUUCCCUCAUAACGUACUUUACCUAUUUCUCCAACUCCUUUAUCAAUCCAAUAGUGUACGCACUAAGAAUUCCUGAUUUUAGAGAGGCUCUCAGAUUAUGCUGUUUCACAAAACACGAAGUGAUGAAGAGCGAAGAAAAUGCAGCAGGGGAUGAGAUGGCUGCAGAUUUGACGCUAGUGAUACAGAGACAAACAUUGACAGUGGAUCACAGUAUUUUACAGCUCACUUUUGAACAAGAAAUUGUACAAGAUACAAAAUUGUGA